GUGUGUGUGUGUGUGUGUGUGGUUCUUCAGCAGACUGUGGGAUUUGCUGAAGAGCAGCUAUACAGACCUGUUCCUGCUGUUCACACUUUAUUAAUGAUCAGGAUUUAAGAAUAAUACCAGGUGAUCAUGUCGGAACCGAAUUGUUCAUCCGCGGCAUGGAGCUGCGUUCACACCUUUCUGUGCAACUCCAGUGUCCUAUUAAACCUGAGUGAAAUGGAGAUGGAGGAUUAUUGCCUAAGCCUGGACGAUUACCUGGAGAAGUACCUUGGUCCUCGGCGUUCCCCUGUCUUUCUCCCUGUGUGCAUCACAUACCUGCUGAUCUUCAGUGUGGGAGCUGUGGGAAACAGUCUCACUUGUGCUGUAAUCACACGCCACCCUGUCAUGCGUACGCCCACCAACUUCUAUCUGUUCAGCCUAGCUGUGUCCGACCUGCUGGUGCUCAUCCUCGGCAUGCCCCUGGAGAUCUAUGAACUGUGGAGUAACUAUCCCUUCCUGUUGGGAAAGAGCGGCUGCUACUUCAAAACAUUUCUGUUCGAGACAGUGUGUUUUGCAUCCGUCCUAAACGUGACGGCACUCAGUGUGGAGCGCUACUUCGCCGUUGUGCACCCUCUGAGGGCGAAGUGUGUGGUGACGCGUGCCCACGCCAAGCGUGUGAUCAUCAGUGUUUGGAUUGCGUCUGUGAUUUGUGCGCUGCCUAACGCGAGCCUGCAUGGAAUCUUCACGUUGCCGAAACCCCGUGGUCAAGGAGAGGGCCGUGAGCUGAGCUCAGCUACAUGCACGCUGGUAAAACCACGCUGGAUCUAUAACUUGAUCAUCCAGAUCAGCACACUCAUCUUUUUUAUCCUACCCAUGAUGACCAUCAGCACACUCUACCUGCUCAUCGGGGUCCAGCUAAAGCGGGAGAAGAUGCUGCAGGCUAAAGCUGAGCAUGAGAUCAGUGGCCCCAGAAAAGUCAGUUUGCGCAUUCGACAACCACAGGCACGAAGACAGCAGGUCACCAAGAUGCUGUUCGUGCUGGUGGUGAUGUUCGGGAUCUGUUGGGCACCGUUUCAUACAGAUCGCCUCAUGUGGAGUUUCAUGGAUGAGUUCUCCAGCGUGGAGACGUUUCAGGUGUUCGAAUACGUCCACGUCAUCUCCGGUGUGUUCUUCUACCUCAGCUCUGCCGUAAACCCUGUGCUCUACAACCUAAUGUCCACCCGCUUCCGUGAGAUGUUCAAAGAUGUGAUGUGUGUUCACAAACGCGGUGCCGGACACAGAAAGUACUCCCUGAGCAUGACACGGGCCAUGGUGCGCAGCAUCCUGAGUGAUGUCGCGAACGGCAACACUGCUGCCGAAGGAGAUUACGAGUUUUAUGAAUGUCAUGAAAACGAGACCACAUGCGACUAAGGGAAAGAAAUAAACUAACACACUAACCCUAAUGGGUGUGUUGGUGUAAUGGAUGUGUUUAUGCAGGUAUAGUUACACUAAACAUUUAAAUGAGGUGUUUUACACUUGCAUCAUUUCUUAAUGUUUCUGUGGAACCUUCCUUUAGACUGAAAUUAAAUGAUAUAUGUUAAAAACUGAAAUCAUGUCUGGGCCA